AUGGAUCAUGACGCUGGCUUCCUAUUGGCUGAUCCCACGGCGGCCUUCAUCCAGACAGAUCACGCUGAGAUUGGGACCAGGACCGACCCGAGUCUGGCCCAGACCGACCCGAGUCUGGCCCAGACCGACCCGAGUCUGGCCCAGACCUACCCGAGUCUGGCCCAGACCGGCCCGAGUCUGACGUCUCCGUGGAAGACGCUACAAUCACUGCGUCUGCUUUGUUGA